UAGAAAACGUAGUUAGCGCUAAAUGCAAAGAAAUGAACCAGAGACAAUGAUAGCACGAUUUAUUCUAAACAAGAAUAAAACUUAAUUAUAAACAAUUAAUGAAAGUAAAUAAUAUUGUUUCAACUCAAGAAACAUAAAAAAUCAAUUAGUUGAUGAAAUUUUUGUUAUUUUUAUAAUUUUUACAAUGGUUAAUUUUGAUGGUAGUGAGUUAAUUGAUUCUUUUAACCUCAAUUCAUAGUUGGUAUCAAACAUCUGUCCCAUACAAAGAGUUUUUAAAUACUUGAAAUAUCUAAUAAAGGAAGUUUUGGGUAACAAUAAGAUAAUGGACUCAGAGAACUCUCAGUUGACUACUGUGACAGAAUCAACGUUCCAGUUCACAGUAGAAAACGUUUCUGAAUUAAAAACAUCAGUUUUAUCAUCACCAGUGAUAUGCCAACACCUCCCAUGGAACAUUGUGGUAAAGCCAAAUUUUGAAACAAGCAUUGGUAAACAACCUCUCGGGUUUUUUAUUACAUGUGAUGGAAAUGAUGGAAACUCUUCAAAAGACUGGAUGUGUCAAGCUGCCGUUGAAUUUAGUCUGUACCAUUGUAAAAAAACCCGAAAACCAUUCACACGAAGAUUUUCACAUAUGUUUUGUAUUGAAAGAAAUACUGUCGGUAUUGAAAAUUUUCUACUCUGGGAAGAAGUCAUUGAUGAUGCUAACGGUUAUGUCAAGGAUGAUUCUCUUACUUUUGAGGUUUGUGUAAUGCCUGAAUUGCCCGACGAUAAAAAAGCUGAUUUCUCUGUAACUGAAGUUGUGUUCCGACAUACCCUGAAAAAUAUUUUAAAUAUCAACAAGCCAGUACAACUAGGGCCGUUUACAGCUUGCGAUUUUGCUUGGAAAAUUAAUGUUAAACUACCAUCUAAAAAAUUACUAGAAAAACCUCAUUCUCUUGGACUUCACCUUCAAUGCAACAGAGAAGUUUUCUCAAAUAGUUGGACAUGCCAUGCUCGAGUUGAAUUAUGCUUACUCUCUCGAAAGAAAAUUCCAGAAAAAUUGUAUCGAAUAUUGCAACAUCAAUUUUCAAGUAGAAACAACACAGUAGGAGUUGAAGAUCUAAUUUUGUGGAAAGAUUUAUUGAAUGAGGACAAAGGGUAUAUUAUAAAUGACUCCAUCAUUGUUGAGGUACACGUGAUUCCGGAUAAAUUUGAUUUGAAAGCUUACUUAAAUGUAACUGAAGCAACAUUUUGGUAUACAUUUGAAAGUGUGUCAAAAAUAAAUGUAUCUAGACUGUCACCGCCAUGUUUCAUCGGGAAUUUACCGUGGAGAAUAAAAAUUCUACCGAAUAAAUUAAAAGACGGACUUGCACAUUCUUUAUUCGGAUGUUACAUAUAUUGUAACGAAGGAAACAAAUCCAAGAGUUGGGGUUGUAAUGCCAUAGGAGAAUUACGCAUAGUCUCAAAUCAAAAAGGAAGACAAGCUUUUGCUCGAAAAUUGCUUCCACAUCACUUCGAUGGGCAACACAAUAACUGGGGGUUUGAUUGUUUCAUGCUGUGGAAGGAUGUAAUAAAUCCGAGUGUGGGUUUCAUACAAAAUGAUUCAAUCACUAUUGAGGCAUGCGUCAGGAUCAUUGGUGAACCUUCUGAAACCAUUCUUAUAACUUAAUACCGAAUCGUUAAAAUCGAAGUAAUAUUUGAUUAAAUAUUUUAGAUUCUAUGUUCUUUGCAACUCAUUUUAAAAUAUAAUGAA